AUGCAUCCAUGUCCUCUCCCCUCUCGUUCAGUGCGCGGGGACAACGAGUCUGAAGUCGAUGUGUAUGGGAAUCACUAUGCAAGCUCCAUCGACUCACAUACAGGCCCCAGCUAUCCCUCUGGCAUCAGCAAUUUUUCCGACAUGCCAGGACCGAGAGGAUCCAGAGACCCGUACCCUGCGUGGACUGUCGACCGUCAGAUACCAAUGUCUACUGAAGAGAUCGAGGAUAUCUUCCUGGAUUUGACACAGAAAUUUGGUUUCCAGCGCGAUUCGAUGCGCAACAUGUAUGACUUUACUAUGACGCUGCUGGACAGUCGCGCUUCUCGCAUGACCCCUAACCAAGCCCUUCUCACUCUGCACGCGGACUAUAUUGGAGGUCAAAAUGCCAAUUAUCGGAAAUGGUAUUUCGCUGCACAGUUAAACCUUGACGAUGCUGUUGGUCAGACACAGAAUCCUGGUUUGCAACGUUUGCGGAGCACAAAGGGCCUGAAGACUACAGGAGAAAAGUCACUCAACACUGCUUUGGACCGCUGGCGGCACGCCAUGAACAAUAUGAGCCAGUAUGACAGGCUGCGCCAGAUUGCCCUCUACUUGCUGUGCUGGGGUGAAGCGGGCAAUGUUCGUUUUAUGCCGGAGUGCAUGUGUUUCAUUUUUAAAUGUGCCGACGACUAUUACCGUUCACCCGAUUGCCAGAAUAGGGUUGAUCCUGUUCCAGAAGGCCUUUACCUCCAUACGAUCAUCAAGCCUCUGUAUCGGUUCCUUCGUGACCAGGGUUAUGAGCGACUGGACGGGAAGUUCGUCAGGAGGGAGAGGGAUCAUCAUGAGAUCAUUGGUUAUGAUGAUGUUAACCAGCUCUUCUGGUAUCCUGAAGGCCUGGCACGUAUCGUUCUGAACGAUAAGACUCGUCUCGUCGAUGCACCCCCUGCUCAACGUUUCAUGAAGUUAGAACGAGUCGACUGGAAUAAGGUCUUCUUCAAAACCUUCUAUGAGAAGCGGUCUAUAUUACACUUGCUGGUUAACUUCAACCGCAUCUGGAUCCUGCAUAUCGCGCCGUACUGGUUCUACACCGCAUUCAAUUCGCCGAAGGUGUACACGCCUCCGGAGCAAACGGACCCGUCCCCUGCGAUGUCUUGGUCGGCAACAGCAUUAGGAGGAGCAGUCUCGACUUUGAUUAUGAUUUUCGCUACGCUUGCGGAGUUCUCGCAUAUUCCGACGACGUGGAACAACGCUUCACACCUGAGUGGACGGCUUCUUAUCCUUUUGGUAAUUUUGGCCAUAACUGGUGGUCCAACUUUCUAUAUCGCCAUAACAGAUGGAACGAAGAGUAACGUUCCAUUGAUCCUGGGAAUAGUCCAGUUCUUCAUCUCUGUUGUUGUGAGUAUUCUCUUCGCUGUCAUUCCGUCCGGACGCAUGUUCGGUGAUCGCGUGGCCGGAAAAUCGCGGAAGUACAUGGCUAGCCAGACGUUCACUGCAUCUUAUCCAGCUCUGGAUAGGAAGGCACGGCUCGCGUCGAUCAUUUUAUGGCUUCUCGUUUGGGCGUGCAAGCUGGUGGAGUCAUUCUUUUUCUUGACGGCCUCAUUUAGUGGCCCAAUUGCAGUCAUGGUGAAUACGAAGGUUCAAAACUGCAGCGACAAGUACUUCGGUCCGAACCUGUGCCAAAACCAGGUACCAAUCACACUCGCUCUCAUGUACAUCAUGGAUCUGGUUCUGUUCUUCCUCGACACGUAUCUCUGGUACAUCAUUUGGCUUGUCAUCUUUAGCAUCGGACGGUCAUUUAGCCUUGGUCUCUCGAUUUGGACUCCAUGGAAGGAUGUCUAUACACGUAUGCCGAAGCGGAUUUACGCUAAACUUCUAGCGACUGCGGAAAUGGAGGUUAAAUACAAACCAAAGGUCUUGGUUUCGCAAAUUUGGAACGCCAUCAUUAUUUCGAUGUAUCGGGAGCAUUUGCUUUCCAUCGAUCAUGUUCAACGCCUGCUUUACCAUCAGAUGGAUGGACCAGAUGGUCGCAGGACUUUGCGUGCACCACCGUUCUUCACUGCUCAGAAUAAUUCGAAUCUUCGGGGUGGCUUCUUCCCGCCUGGUGGUGAGGCUGAACGCAGGAUCUCAUUUUUCGCAUCAUCUCUGACCACUGAGUUACCCGAGCCUCUUCCUGUCGAUGCCAUGCCCACCUUCACUGUCCUGGUUCCGCAUUACUCUGAGAAAAUCCUCCUCAGUCUGCGCGAGAUUAUUCGUGAAGAAGACCAAAAUACACGUGUCACUCUUUUGGAGUAUCUCAAGCAACUUCAUCCAGUUGAAUGGGAUAACUUCGUCAAGGAUACGAAGAUCCUUGCGGAGGAAUCAGCGGCCUUUGGCACGGAAAGUAGUCCGUUCGAUAGCACUAGCGAAAAGUCAAAGAAGGCGGACGACCUUCCGUUCUACUGCAUUGGAUUCAAGACAGCUUCUCCCGAGUAUACGCUUCGUACACGUAUCUGGGCUUCUCUCCGCGCUCAGACUUUGUACCGCACUGUUUCCGGCAUGAUGAAUUAUUCGAAAGCCAUCAAGCUACUCUACCGCGUGGAGAAUCCCGAAGUCGUUCAGCUGUUCAGCGGCAAUACCGACAGGUUGGAGCGAGAGUUGGAGCGAAUGGCUCGCAGGAAGUUCCGCUUCUGCAUCUCUAUGCAGCGAUAUUCGAAAUUCAACGCUCAGGAGCUUGAAAAUGCAGAGUUCCUGCUACGUGCGUACCCGGACUUGCAAAUUGCUUAUCUCGACGAAGAACCGCCAAGGCAAAAAGGUGGCGAACCUCGACUGUACUCCGCACUCAUUGACGGCCACUCUGAGGUUGACGAGACCGGGAAGCGUAAGCCGAAGUUCCGCAUUGAGUUGCCGGGUAACCCCAUCAUUGGCGACGGGAAGUCGGAUAACCAGAAUCAUGCGAUUGUCUUCUACCGUGGCGAAUACUUGCAACUCAUUGAUGCUAACCAGGACAACUACUUGGAGGAGUGCAUAAAGAUUCGUAACAUCUUGGGCGAGUUUGACGAAUACUCGAUUUCCAGUCAGAGUCCAUAUGCACAGUGGGGUCACAAGGAGCACAAGAAAACGCCUGUUGCUAUUAUUGGUACCCGCGAGUACAUCUUCUCGGAGAACAUCGGUGUGCUUGGCGAUAUAGCCGCUGGAAAGGAACAGACAUUCGGUACAAUGACUGCCCGUGCGCUUGCAUGGAUUGGCGGAAAGUUGCAUUAUGGCCACCCGGAUUUCUUGAAUGCAUUGUUCAUGACUACACGCGGUGGCGUCUCGAAAGCACAGAAGGGUCUGCAUCUCAACGAGGAUAUUUUCGCCGGUAUGAACGCUUUCGGCCGCGGUGGACGCAUCAAGCACUCAGAGUACUAUCAAUGCGGCAAAGGACGUGACCUUGGUUUCGGCACGAUUCUUAACUUCCAGACUAAGAUUGGAACAGGAAUGGGCGAACAAAUGCUCAGUCGGGAGUAUUAUUAUCUCGGGACGCAGCUGCCUCUUGAUCGCUUCCUAACAUUCUACUAUGGUCAUCCUGGUUUCCACAUGAACAACAUCCUUAUCAUCCUUUCUGUGCGGAUUUUCAUGAUUGUCUUAAUUUUCCUUGGCACUUUGAACAAAUCUCUCAACAUCUGUCUCCUUGAUUCGCAAAACAAUCCUAUCGCUGGUCAAGGUGGUUGCUAUAAUCUCCAACCUGCUUUCGACUGGAUCAAGCGUUGCAUUGUCUCUAUAUUCCUAGUGUUCUUCAUUGCAUUCUUGCCACUCUUCUUGCAAGAACUCGUUGAACGUGGAACUGGCUCUGCACUUAUGCGUCUUGCCAAGCACUUCCUCUCACUUUCGCCCAUAUUUGAAGUCUUCUCCACUCAAAUCUAUUCUCAGUCCAUCUUGAGCAACUUGACUUUUGGUGGAGCAAGGUACAUUGCGACUGGUCGAGGCUUUGCAACUACUCGGAUGUCUUUCAGCAUCCUAUACUCUCGAUUCGCUGGUCCAAGUAUCUAUAUGGGUAUGCGGACGUUGAUCAUGUUGCUCUAUGCCACGAUUACUGUCUGGAUUCCCCAUCUGAUCUAUUUCUGGGUCUCCGUCUUGUCAUUGUGCAUCGCGCCUUUCGUUUUCAACCCACAUCAAUUCUCAAUUCCCGACUUCAUUAUUGAUUACAGAGAAUUUUUGCGGUGGAUGUCGCGGGGCAACUCGAAGACGAAAGCAAGCAGCUGGUAUGGCUAUUGCCGUCUCUCUCGAACCAUGAUCACCGGUUUCAAGAAGAAGAAAUUGGGCCAACCGUCCGACAAAUUAUCUGGGGAUACUCCACGUGCGCGAUGGAAGACAGUGCUCUUCUCAGAGAUUCUCGCUCCGUUGGUAAUGGCGGCACUCUUUACGAUCGCAUACAUGUUCGUCAAAUCCUUCCCGGACGCGAAUGGCAACCAACCACCCAGUCCUCUCAUCCGUAUCGCAGUCAUUGCAAUCGGUCCUAUGGUUUGGAAUGCGACUGUUUUGAUUGCGCUGUUCUUUACGUCAUUGUUUCUUGGGCCAAUGUUACAAGGUUGCUGCGGAAAAUUCGCGUCUAUCAUGGCUGCAACAGCUCACUUACUCGCUCUCAUUGGUAUUAUUGCGUUCUUUGAGUUUUUCUGGUUCCUUGAACUCUGGGACGUCUCACAUGCAGUACUUGGGCUGAUUUGCAUUAUCGCGAUACAGCGGGCCAUUCAGAAGAUCCUUAUUUCCGUGUUCUUGUCCAGAGAGUUACAGCAUGACGAGACAAAUCGUGCUUGGUGGACUGGGAAAUGGUAUGGAGUCGGCUUGGGCAACGGUGCGAUGUCGCAGCCUGCUCGAGAGUUUGUUGUUAAGAUCGUGGAGAUGUCGUUGUGGAGUUCCGACUUUAUCCUGGCACACCUCCUCCUCUUUAUUCUGACUCCUCCACUGUUUAUUCCUUUCAUAGACCGUAUCCACUCGACAAUGCUCUUCUGGCUUCGUCCGUCAAAGCAAAUACGCCCUCCACUCUUUUCUACGAAGCAGAAGAGGCAACGUCGGUGGAUCGUGUUCAAGUUCGGCAUUGUGUACCUACUUGCUAUAGCUGCCUUCGCAGCUUUGAUUAUCUUGCCUGUGCUCUUCAGAGACGAGAUCACGUUCAAGUGCACACUUUGCACGAACAUAUGA